AUGUUAAAAUUUAAUCAGUGUAGCAAAAAAUCUUUUCAUCAUAUACAUUGCAUAUCUUGUUGGGAAUUUAUGCAGAUAAAGAGAUUCAAACAUCAACAUGAUAUAAAUAAAUACUACCAAAUACUAGAAAUUGCAGAAGAUUGUGAAGAUGAAAUCCUCAAACAAGCAUUCAUUUGCCAAGUGAAAAGAUUUCACCCAGAUAGUAAUACAUCAGAAGCUGAUGCAACCAAAUUUUCUGAGCAUACAGUACCACAACAUCGUCAUUAUUUGAUGUAUAAUGUAGGAAUUGGAACACCUAGCAAAAGACAAAAAUUAUACACAGUAGAAAAAGCUCAAAAAGCAGUUAACAAUGUAUUGGAACAUAGAUUAAAAAAGUUGCAAGCUGAAGAACGUAAUACAUUAGUUGGAAUGGAUAAACAUCAUGCUAAAGAUAUUAAAACACGCUUUGGUAUGGAUCGUUUAGUAGAAGACUUAAUUCAAGAAGCAAUGAAUAAAGGUGAAUUUAAAGAUCUCCCAGGCAUGGGUAAACCAUUGAAAGAAAAUACAAACACCCGAAAUCCAUAUGUUGAUUUUGUUACUUACAAACUAAAUGAGGUACUAAUAGAAAAUGGAUUUAGUCCAGAAUGGAUACAAUUAUCUAAAGAAAUUAGAGAAGACAUACAAAAUUUACGAAAACAAUUAAUAAGCGCUCGUAAUAAUUUGGGACAUCUUCCAUUAAACUACGCAGAUGAAAGUGCUUGGAAGAAAAUUGUAGAUAACCUUAAGUCUGAAACAAAACGAAUAAAUAGUAAAAUCGACAAAUAUAAUUUAUUAGUACCUAUACUUCAGAAACAAAUGUUUCAUAUUAAAUUAGAGAAGUUUGCAAAAGAGGCACUUUCAACACCACCUCAAAAAACAGACACAAUUACAAAAUAUAAUUCGAAAAAUGUAAAUCCUGAUGUUUCUACAGGGACAGAUAGUUUAUUUGGAAUAAUAUUUUCAAUUUUCAAUAACAAGGUGUAUAUCAUACCUCCACGAAAUGCACUGUACAUCCUGAAACACGUACUCCAGCUGCUAAAACAUCUUCAUGUGCAUGUGCACCUUUAAAUGAUGGUAAUAACGAAGGAUGCACAUUUAUUAAAGCGCCACGCCAUAGAUUUACAAAACUAUCUGAUAAAAUUCGCAUGAAACCAGCAAGACAAACUAUUUCAACUCCAGCGGCAUUAAGUUCGACAGUAAUCGCUGCAUCAAACACUUCUCGAUUGGGAUAA